AUGCCAGUCGAGCUAGUACUUUCUCCUCUCAUGAGACCAGUCGUCCAGGCAAAGGCCCUGCUGUUUCACCCUCAUCGAAGAGCUUCUCGGUACAUCCCCAACAUCGUCGAACUCAAGGAGGAUGUCUCUGAGUAUGCUGUUAGAAGACGGUUUGGUACGGGAUCCAAGGUGUUUGACGUUUUCGACACCCACGGAAAGGAGACUGGUCCAUUGGGGCCAGCGGAUGGGUCACAGCGCGUGUUUUGGUUUGUUCGUUCGAGAGCUGUCAAGGGUGCUUACAAGAUGUACAGCUCUGCAAUUUCAGGAACUGGCACUGAUGGGAUAGAUGAACCUGUGGCGACUUUGAGAGCAGGUCUGAGAUCGAACGUACUACUCAUUCGUGCUCCUGAAGUGCCUUACGCCGAGUUGGGUUGGCACGUUAUUGGCCACCGAGUGGAUGCCAUUGAUAGCUACAGAAUUUUCACAUUGGCGGAUGGAGCAACCUAUCAGUGGACCACUUCAGGCAAGUUCUUGGAAAAGGUGACCAACCUGGGAGAGAAGGAGAGUGAGAUUCGUGAGCGGAUUGGACAGGUAAUUCCUGCCGCAGGUGCUGGUUUCACUCUUAAAGUUGACGAAACUAAGAUCCCUAGAGAAAUCGCGCUGUCUUCAGCGUUGAUCUCAUAUAUCGAUCAUUGGAAUACGGAACUGGCAGUGGGCGGUAUUUACUAUGCUCCACAGCCUCGUCAAGUGAGAUGGAAGAGGGAUUAG